GAUAUAUGUAGGAGGUGUUGGCGAUAUUGUGUCUUAUCAUAGAGAAAACAUGACGGAAAAGGCAUUUGCCAAUAUUAAUUCCAACGUUUGGUUACUGUUAUAUGAUGAGAAAAAUGAAGCAAUUAUACAGUGUAACCAAAAUAAUAUAAACGUGAGCCACUGUUCGAAACUGGAUAUAAAUUUGCAGAUGACUGGAAUCGAAAGCAGCGAUAUGUUAGUCGAUAUACGAUACCUUCCGACCUACAGUAUGCUCUAUGUCAAAGAAGUAAACACAAGUAUAGUAGUAAUCGGUGCUAAUUCUGCAAAAGUACUCAACACAUCGUAUGGAAUUUUCUCUUUGAACUUGACAGAUUUUACCUUGUUCCAAACAGAAUCAGAUGAAAAAGGACCAAUGAAUAUUGAACGUAAUAAUACCAGAAAUUAUACUCUUGCAUUCAAAUCGUCUUUUUAUCAUGCACCACACUUUUACUUCUUUUUUCAAGUGCAAGCAAAUAAUCAUACUGAAUCUUCAAGGAUAGGCAAACUUUGUCUGAAGUACGCAAACGAUUUCAAUAAAACUGAUUUUUACCAUUCCUAUGAAGAUAUGAAUAUUUCGUGUACAUAUGAUGGAAAUAUUUUAACAAGUAUUGAAAAUAUAAUAGAUGAGGGUGAAUUUGUUUUUUUUCUUUUCCUUCAUAACAAUUAUAGUUUCAUCUGUCAACAUUCGUGGGCUGAUAUAGCAAAAGAUUAUAAUGAAUCCAGGAGGUUGCAAUUAAUGUGCAGAAACGAAGGUUCUGUAAAAAAAAAUGGCGAAUAUUUCAAAGAAGACACUGAGCUAGAUACCUCUACAUUGUGUUUCGAAAAUGGUAGUUGCAAUAAGGGUGAUGUUUGUAAAGAACUACAAGGCGACUUUUGUAAAUUAAAAUAUUAUCAUACUCUAGUCGGUGGAAAGGGAAUCGAAAAUAUGAAAAGCGUCUACAACAUCAACAACACAAUUACAGCUAUGGAUAUACUUCAAACCAGCAAUUACUCAGAUUUAUAUUUUGGAACAAUAGAUGGUGAACUUGGCAGGGUUUCUUUACUGCAUAGCGGAAACUUUACAACAAAGAUUGUGUCUGUAGCCAAUUCGGAGAUUAUUAAUAUAAAAGUUGAAAAGGACAUCGUAUAUUUUAUAACUGAAAAGAAGAUAGGAAAACUGGAUAUCAACGAUUGUUCAAUACACACGGACUGUGAAUCUUGUAUGAAUUCCUUUGAUUCAUCUUGUGGAUGGGAUUAUGAAGUAAACAGGUGCAACUUCAAUAAUACAAAUUCAGCGGUGUGGAUUUCAUCAGAGGAAGGAAACUGUAUACAUUUCAGCAACAUACCUCAGCAUGUAAAGAUCAACACUACGGACAACACUAUUAUACUGUUUCAAACAUUCCCUCCCAAAUCAGUGGAUGUUGAUGAAAACGUCACACGUAGAAUAGAUGGAAGAGAAGGGGUUGGCGAUGAAAACGUCACAUGUAGAAUAGAUGGAAGAGAGGGGAAUGUUAGUAUCAACACUGAUGGCAAUUCGUCGUGUCAAAUUGACAUAACAAAUCUAACUACCGGUUGUUAUACAUUUGAUAUAAUGUAUGAAGCAGUCAUAAUUGGAAAUGCCACGAUUGAAUUUUACAAGUGUCAGGAUUUAAAAACAUGUAAGAAAUGUAGAAAAUGGUAUUAUGCUUGUGAAAGCUGGGAUCCAAUAAAUUUUGUAUGUGAUAAACCUGAAAGUAAUUUAACAAUUCAGGAAGAAAACAAUUGUCCCCAACUUGAUAGCAAUUUCACAUUACAGUUGCAUGCUAACCGAUUUGAAAAUAUAACCAUUUACCUAGUAGAAGUUGAAAGUAAUGUAAGAUAA